AGCAUAAUCUAUGGCCAUCCAAAAUGGCCGACACGCAUCUGCCGUGUCCUGACCACGGUUAGCUGUUUCGGUUUUAGUGUAGUCAAGUGCUGUAAUAAUAAAAAUGAAUAACUAAUGUAAACAAUUCCCAAACUUAAAUAAAACACUUUGAUCAUCCCGGCACAUCACUUCACAUCCAACCAUCAAAUAAUUCCCCUUGAAAAUAUUUCGGCGAGUCGUCUAACGACCUGGCAGAAAUGGAUGAACUUCGUGCACAGGGCUGGUAUCUGUCAGACGAAGGUUACAACCUCUUGGGAGAUACCAGAGACGUACAAAAAAUAAUCAAAAAGGCUUUAGAUUAUGAUCUUAAGGAAAUUAGCAGUGGCCAAGGAGACUUAACUCAGGGAAAUGUUGUGUGGCAAAUACAAAAGUUGCGUAAUGUAGCGGCACCAAAAGGUAACGAGGAAUCUCGAUCAACUCCGCGUUUGUUAAAACUCUCUCUAACAGAUGGACAAAACAAUUUUCAAGCUAUAGAAAUUGAACCAAUAUCUUCCCUGAGCAUCAAUACACCACCAGGUACAAAAUUAUUGAUGAAAAAAGGUGUGUUGUCAAUAUCUCAUGGUAUUAUCUUACUAAAACCAUCGCACAUCUUUUCUGUACUUGGAGGAAAAGUACCUAGUCUCGUGGAAAAAUGGGAAAUGAACAAAAAAUUAGCUCAACAUACCCGAGUCAGGCCAGCAGAAGAGGGUGGUCCACCACCGUGGAUUCCAUUUGGUAAAAAAAUCAUAAAAAUCUCUGAACAAGAUAAGAACUUCAAGGCUCUUGCUGAUAAGGAAAGGGCAUCAAAAGAGAAUGCUGAAUUUGAAGCGCAAAGGAAAGAUGCUAUUGCUGAGGCUGCUAAACAGGGAAGUAAAAAAGUAUUUGGAGGUGGAAAUAAACAGCUUUUGGAUCAUAGUGUACAGAGGAUUGUUGAUCAAGGGUAUUCGAUUGAACAGGCCGAGUAUGCUUUAAAGCUAAGUCGAAACAAUGUUGAUCGUGCAUUACGGAGUCUACAGCGUAACGAUAACAGAUAUAAUAAAGAGCCUGGAGAUUCUACCAGCGCUAGGGAGGUCAGAGAGCCAAAGGGAAAACGAUUUGAGAAAAAAGUAGAAGAUGGAAAACCCAGCAGUGGUAGAGUGUCUUUGUUUGAUUUCCUUGAAGACAAGCUUCCUGCCCAAACUGAUUUACCAGAAGAAACCAAGCCCCAAGGAACAAAUGAUUUUUACACUAGUAAAGGACCCCAUGAUCGAUUUGAAUCAAGAAGUACCGAUCAAAUCGGGAGAGGUGGAAGAAAUCCAAGGGGAGGACGAUCUUAUCAGCCUGCACCACGAUAUUCAGAAGAAGUGAAAUCUAGUAAGCCGAAGCUAAGUAAAGCUAACUCUGCAGCAGUCCAAUAUCCGCAAUAUAAUUCUGCAAAUACUUCUUCCAAUCAAAGGAAACCACCUAGGUUUCAAAAAUCACAAGAAAAUUCUACCGCUACUUUCCAGCAUGAAAAUAAUUACAAAAUGGGCUUUAAUAAAAGUUCCCAUUUUCCUGACAGCAAAAAUGGUAUUGCUCCUCCUCGUUUAGAAAGUUCCAGUGAGAACGGUAACAAUAGAAAUCGACUUGAACAGCAAGGAAAUAACUACAACAAUAAUAGACAGCAGAACCAUUAUCAAGCAGAACCGAAACCUAGAGAGAAACAAGAUCAUAAUCCGUAUAACCCUAAUGUACAUAAUCGAACAAACACGAUUUAUCAAACCCAUAAAAAUACUUCUAUAGAGAGCUAUCAAAAUCCGAAUGGGAGUUCAAGUGAACAAAAUUACCGAAAUCGUCAAAACAGAAACCUGCCUACUGUAUCUAAUGGGCGAUACAACAGUAAAGAGACUGGUAGUUUGAAUGAGCAAAAAGGUGGUGGCAAUAAUAAUAAUCAAUUAGCUAUCCCUCAAGCUGAAGGUAUGUGGGUUUGGCAGCCUGGUGACAAAUGCAUGGCCAAAUAUUGGGAAGACAACAGGUAUUACAACGCAGAGGUCACAGCAGUUUCACAUAGGACUUGCGUGGUGCUAUUCAAGGAUUUUAACAAUUUUGAAGAAGUGUUACAAGCCGACUGUAUACCAAUCACGAUCGAGGAUGGUCCCAUUCUGCAAGAUGGUAGUCGAGACUUUAAACAGCAUGUACAACGUGGUGAAAAUCGUCAGCAACGCAACAAUCAAGGCAAUCAUAUAACUACAGGAAUGGAGUUCCGAAGAGGGGGUGGAGGUAGUGGAACUGGUACCAGAGGCUACAACAGAAGGUCGCAGCAUCGCAGUACUCGACCUAUAUAUCAGCCGCCAGGUCAACGUAAUCACUCGCCAAGUCGGGCACAAAAGGAUACGAAUUCAGCUUCUUAACAUAGUAUUGGUAGCCUCGAUUAAAUUUAUUAAUGCAAAUAUUAAUUAUGCAAACUUUUAGAAAAACAAAAUACUUCAAAGCUGUCAUAUAAUUAACCAAAGACUGACUCAGCUAGCAGCAGCCGCAAUCUGCAACAUUGUCUCAUGACAGCGCAUUACUAAGAGCGUUGUGUAACGUGUAUUGAUAUAAUUUAAUCGAAUAAUACUUUCAUUUGUUGGAGGGUAUAAGUUUAUGCCUAAAGCUUGCACAUUAAUCAUGAAUCUAAAAUAUUCUGACUCUUACCCUCAUCGAAUAUAGCUAUAAGAAGAAUGAAGAUAAGAAUCUAAAAUAUUAAUGCAGUCGAAUCUCCUUGUAAGCAACACGUGUGCCAGAGUCCCAUUUUCGCGUGCGAUUCUAUAAUUCAUGCAAAGAAAGAGUACAGGAGCUUCAUAAUGAUGCUUGUAACUCGAUUCGACUGUAAUAAGAGGCAGCAUAACGCGAUAAUACAUGUUGAGUAGAAAAUCGUAAACCAGGUGAUAAACUUGAAAAAAGGUAUUAAUUGUACAUUGACUGUGGCUUUAGCAAGAUUUACAUUUAAUUUACAAUCGUAAUAAGCAAGAAUACUUUAAUUUGCGUCUGAUGUAUCUUUCGUAUUAACAGUAAUAUUUAUAAUUUUACCAACUAUGAAGAAGCGAUAACUCUGUACCUUGUAUACCUUCCUAACACAGUAAUAAAAUUAAUAAUGUAAGAAA